UGUGUCGACAUUAAACUCUUCCCGUGUGACAAUGGAUGCUGCUGGUAGCAUACACAGCUCGGAGGACGCAGAACAAAACAGAGAGGAAUGUGGGUUUGUUCCAUCAAAGUUGGGAACGAAAGAAUAUUGGGAUGAAGCCUACACAAGAGAGCUGCAGACUUUCAAAGACAUUGGGGAUGUUGGGGAGAUCUGGUUUGGCGAGGAAAGUAUGGCUCGGGUUGUUCAGUGGCUACAGAAGGAAAAUAUUCCACGAGAUGCUUCUGUGCUUGAUAUUGGAACAGGGAACGGGAUGUUUCUAGUGGAGCUGGCAAAAUGUGGGUUUACCAAUCUGACUGGAAUUGAUUACUCUCCUGCUUCUGUUGAGCUGGCAAAAAACAUCAUUGCAAAGGAGGAACUGACUAACAUCAGGAUCCAGGAAGAAGACUUUCUCAGCCCCUCUCCUGAGCUGUCAGGGUUUGAUGUGUGCAUCGAUAAAGGGACAUUUGAUGCGAUCAGUCUGAACCCAGAGAACGCGGCAGAGAACAGACAGCAGUAUGCUCGGGCUGUGCGCUCGGUGCUCAAAGACGACGGGUUCUUCAUUAUCACAUCGUGUAACUGGACCAAAGACCAGCUUCUCAGCAUUCUCCACAAAGGAUUUGAGAUUCAGCAUGAGCUGCCAACACCUAGCUUCCAGUUUGGAGGGAGAACCGGGAAUAGUGUAACAGCGCUGGUUUUAAAGAGGACAAACUAAACACUUCUAUUAAAUACAGGACUGAACCACAAAUAGUCUUUCUUGGAAGGAGUCUGCCUUAUUGCCAAAUAAACUUUUGAAAGGGCUUGUAAAAAGGUCCGAGAAAUCUACGGCAGCAGAUUUUCGUUGUUUUUACAUGACCGAAUUUAUACAGAACUUUAAGCUUAUGCAACAUUAGGAAAUCCAUUUCGAGGUGCUUUUUUAUAUAAAAGAAAACUUGCAUAAAAAUAUGGAGACAUUUGCACAACCAUUAACCUGACUAUGUUCAGGAGGGCAGCUAACAACCUCUAUCAGCUUUGGUUUCUGUCUGCCAUAAAUACUGAGCCUGCAACCGAGUCUGAAGUGUUACUUCAGGAAUUUGCUUUCAUUUCCCCUGCUGAUUUUGCUCAGUUUUUAUCAUAAGCAACCUCCAAAGAUAUUUUUACCAGCAUUAUUGUUAGUAAAGCUGCUUCUGUCAACUUGAGAGCAUAAAUGUUACAAAUGUGUA